AUGGCGAGCGAAGAGAAACUUCCGAGUCUCAAACUAGAUAUGAAUGUUCCGGUCCGAAACAAAUGGCAUCCAAUAAAAGUUCUUGGCUCAGGCGCUUUCGGUAAAGUCGUCCACGUCAUCAGCACUUCUGAUGGCUCCGACGCUGCAAUGAAGCUAGAGAAAAUCGGAGAAGGAAAAGACUCGAUUCUGAAGAUUGAGGUGGAAGUGAUGCGUGCGAUGGCUGGUGUCAAAUGCGCGAUUCAGUGUCUCGAUCACGGCAAUGAACCCGAAUUUCGUUUUGUUGUCAUGACACUUUGUGGAAUGGAUCUUCAGAAAGUGUACGCGAUGCUCAAGGGAAACUUCUCGGAUUCAACGAUCCUUCGUAUCGCGAUUCGUAGUUUGUUGGCUGUGAAAGCGCUCCACGAGAAAUGCUAUAUCCAUCGAGACCUGAAACCAUGCAACGUCACUCUGGACUACAAUGAAGAAUCCCCUACCAUUUACCUAAUUGAUUUCGGAAUGGGUCGCCAGUAUGGAAUGUACGGGCCUCACAACGAGUAUGGAUUUGUGAUUCGUCAUCCGAGAGAUUCGUGCCGCUUCCGAGGAACGUAUCGCUAUUGCUCCCCUCGCAUGCAUCUCCGUCGAGAGCAGGGACGUGUCGAUGAUCUAUUCGCAUGGCUCUACAUGAUUGUCGAAUUGAGAGUGGAUCUUCCAUGGGCGGAUGUUGUGAAUCCCGAUCGGAUUGAAGUUCUGAAACAGGACCGUUUCGAUGCGGCACUCGCCAGUUCCCCACUCACCAAGGCUCUCGAACCAAUCCACGAUCAUUUGAAGAGCCUGGACUAUGUGGAUCGUCCCAACUACUGGAUGAUCUACGAACACUUGGCAAAAAUGAUGAUGGAUAUCAAAGCAAAGCAUACGGACCCGAUGGAUUAUGAUGAGCUCCGGAAAAGGAAGGAAGAGGAGAUUGACCCCAUCAAAAAGAAGUUUAUGAAAAAGUCCCGUUCGAUAGAAAAGUGUUUGGAUGAGAAGGAGACGUUGGCGAUGCUAGAAGAAGCUUUCCGUCCGAAUGCCAAAGAUAUUCCAGGAGGAGAAAAGUAUCUUGUUCGACCACUUUUGAAGUUGAAUUGGGGAUCUGUUGGUGUCGAUUAUGUCGCUACAGUCAAGGACGACCCUGCUGGCGAUUCAGAUGAAGAUAAAAAGAAACUAGAGGAAGAAGUUAGAAAAAAAGAAGAGAAGAAGAAGCAGGAUGAAGAGGCCAAAAAGAAGGAGGAAGACAAGAAGAAGGAGGCGAAAUCAAAGUCUAAAAAGGAGAGAAAACUGGAAAGAUCCAAGGACUCUAGAGAUCAUCACAGUAAGGAUCCCAAAGAAUCGCGACGACGUUAUUCCAAUGAUCGUGACGCCCAAACUAUUGGAAAAGAUGCGAAAUCGAAGGACUGGAAGGAUGCGGGAGAACAGAGAACGAAUCGAAAUAACAAUAGUGACACUCUGAAAAAGGCGAAAAAGAAGAAGGAUGAGUCGAAGGACACGAAGACGACUACGCAUACUAGAAAGAGGGAUAAGGAGAAGAAAAAGGAAAGAGAGAAGGCUGAAUCGUCGGGACACUCGAGGAAACAUAUUGCUCAUCAUACGCCACCACCGGUUAUUUCAGUGCCCAAUGCUCUUAAGAAGAAGAUGGAGAAUAAAAACUAG